GGCAUCGCCGAUCACGCGCUGCUGAUCAACGGAGAAAGAGGGGGGGGGACGCGGACCUGGAUGGAAGCGGGCGGAGGCCGAGGCGCCCACGGCCACGACCGGGAAGCCGCUGAGGGGGAGGACCCGCCGGCGAUCUGCCGCGAGGUGCGCGUUCUCUGAGAUCGAGCUGGGGAUGGGAGCGGAGGACAUGGAGAGGGAGAUGAUAGCUGAAGUGGAGGAAGAGGAGGAGGUGGCGUGCGAGUGCUGCGGCUUCACGGAGGAGUGCACGGCGCCGUACAUCGCGGGGGUGCGGGCGCGGUACGGGGGCCGGUGGAUCUGCGGCCUGUGCGGGGACGCGGUCGGCGAGGAGCUCGGCCGCGCGACCCCGCCCAUCUCCCCCGCCGAGGCGCUGGACCGCCACGCCUGCGUCUGCCGCCGGGGCUCGGCGCCGCCGUCCCCAGCGGGGAGCCCCGACGACCUCAUCGCCGCUCUGCGCCUGCUCCUGCGCCGCAGGCUGGGGUCCCCGCCGCACCCGCCGGCGCCGAGGAGGGCGCGCUCCACUCCCAGCAGCCCGAGGCGCGACCCGCUCCCCACCAUCGCGUCCUCCGUCGCGGCCGUCGCCACCGCCGGGGGCGCCGGGAGCUCGCUGGCAAGGACGGGGAGCUGCUUCGCCGCCCUCGUCGAAUGAUAAAAGCUAAGAAUGAAGAAUUGAAGAUGCUGAGAACCAAAAGAGUGAAAAACAUCAAGGAAUGGUAGUCUCUUGUAGCUCCCGUUUUUCAUCGUCUUUUGCAACGCACUGUAAUUUUCUGCCAUGCUUUUUACCUUUCUCUAGCUACCCGCAGUUAGUAGAAUCCAAGCUCAAUAAACAUGUGUAUAUAUGGGGAAGAGCCACAAACUAUAUGAGAAAUGGAAGUAAUUCCACGUUUUUCUCAGGUAUGGAUCAGUGAAUGUACAUUCCUGGGUUCUGAAUGUUUUCUGCUUUCUUCUGUUUUUCGAACGGUAUGAUUUGUGUUUCUGCUUCCGCGCUUGUUGUGCUUCCGCUGAGCUCUGUUCUUGUAAAAAUAAACAUGCUCUGCACUCAUGUAAAUGACUAAAUGUGAUGUAUCGAUAUGAAACACGAUAAUGCACUGUUUGCUUGUA